GCUGGUGUUGCCUCAACGUGAGGUAUCCCAGCGUGUGAGGCUGUGCCAGCCCCGUGCCUGGGCACAGCAUCCCCCCAGGCUGGCACCCCUGCCCCAUGGGGAGAGGGAUGCUCUGUGCCCCAGUGCCCCAGCCCGGGGGGACCUGGUUUAUCCCGGGGGUAGGCGACGGCGGGGCGACAGCUGGCUGGAGGAUUUGCCGAGGGCAUUAUUUAAUGCUGUGGGUAAAUGGAGGAACAGCAGCUAAUUCCGGAGCCCGUAAUCCUCUUCCUCCCCCGGGGACGGGGAGCGUGCCAGUCACGAACCCACCGGCGGGCCCCGGGGACGAGCCCCCGCAGCUCCCCAGGCGGUGCCGCGGCCGCAGCGACUCCCAGACCAUGGGGGAUGUGCAGAAGGGGCUGCUCUCUGUCAUCCAGAAGCUGAAGGGAUCGCCGGAGCAGGAGCUCCGCAUCGUCCUGCUGGGGCUGGAUAACGCGGGCAAGACGACCCUGCUGAAGCGCCUGGCGUCCGAGGAGGUCAGCACCAUCACCCCCACACAGGGAUUCAACAUCAAGAGCGUGCAGUCCCACGGUUUGAAGCUGAAUGUUUGGGAUAUCGGGGGGCAGCGCUCCAUCCGCCCCUACUGGAAGAAGUAUCUGGGCAGCACAGACCUGCUGAUUUAUGUCAUUGACAGCGCUGACCAGAAGCGUUUCGAGGAGACAGGGCAGGAGCUGGCAGAGCUCACGGAAGACGAGUCCCUCACGGGGGUCCCGCUGCUGGUGUUUGCCAACAAGCAGGACCUGGUGACUGCAGCACCCGCGGCCGAAAUCGCAGAAGGGCUGAGCCUGCACACCUACCGGGACCGGGAGUGGCAGAUCCAGGCCUGCUCGGCCCUGUCUGGGGAAGGGGUGCAGGAUGGGAUGAACUGGAUUUCCAGCCAGAUCAUGAACAGGAAGAAGUGAGAGCUGCAAAGUGCCAGACAGGACUGAGCUGCAGGUCCCUAUGCCACGGCCAACCCCCCUCAGCUCCCCCUGAGCCACGGCUGGGCCCUGAGCCUCACACUGCCAUGCUCGGAUGAUUUUCCCACCCAGUCUUCCACUAAUCAAUCGGCUUCCCCUCUCCCUGCCUCCUGGCCUUCCAUGGGCUCCUCGCACCCCUGACUCCCCUGCCGCCCCCGUGCUGGUGGAGGGAAGCACGUGUCCCACCGUGCUGAGGGCUCGCACACCUCCAGCAUGAGAACUCGCCCAGGACUUGUCCAUCCAGCUGCUCUCACACCCUGCAGGGGCUGCUGUGACCCACACACUGUCCCCGGGCACCCCGACACGGCGCUGGCUACCCCGCCAGGCACCCGAGUGCUGUGUCCCCCUGUGUUCCCGCAGGAUGGAACUGGUGCUGCCCCAGCCCUGGCAGCCGCUCUGGAAAGCUUCCCUUCAGCACCUCCAUGCGCGCACAGGACUCGGGACAAGCACGAAGACGGCACCGGUCACCAACGGAGGGAUGCGCCCGGUGCCAGCGGGGGCUGCUCGGUGCCGCCGAGGGCUCCCGUACCCUGUCCCUGUUGGUACCGCACGCGUUGUGCCCCGGGCGGGGCUGCGGGUGCCUGGCUGUGGGUGCCCAUCCGGAGGGCCGGGAGAUUCCGCUGCCCGGCCACCACGGCUCCGUGGCGGAGGGACGGGGGGAGACCUGCGGGAGCGGGGCGGGGGCUGCCCCGCGGCCUCAAUAAAGGCCGUGACCUCCA